UUCAUCGCGACCCUCCCUGGAGGCGGCGCCGGAGACCCGACGGCCCAGGACCGCAGUCCAGAAACGCCGGCGCUGCCUCGGCCGGACCAGCCCGGGGCGCUGGUUACUGCGCGAUCGGGGCGACUUGCUUUUCUCACCUCCAGCACCGCCUCUUCCCUUUCUCUAAAUGCCAGCCGUUAGGUUUGCAAAGCCGCCAGACCUCAUCUUUAAAAUAAGCCCCUGCAGGGCGUGGCUGGAGGGCUCCCGCCGAGCGGCCCGGGAGAGUGGGUCUUGGCUGCUAUGACUCUCGAUCUGUGCCUGCAGAGAACGAGGAAGAGGCUGAAGGCAGAGCACCCUCGGCAGGAGAUGCUUUUAAAAAAUCAUCCGUAGCAGCACUAGGAACAGUUUUGUUUAUACCGAGUGGGUUUUCGGUGAAAUGCUACUUUGGUUAAAAGAAGACAUGGCUCUCCAGGAGCUCACCCGGCGACUGGCCACAGUGAUCACUCAUGUCGAUGAGAUUAUGCAGCAGGAGGUCAGGCCCUUGGUGGCAGUGGAUAUAAUGGAACAACUUCACAGACAAUUCGCCAUUCUUUCAGGAGGCCGAGGGGAGGAUGGUGCCCCCAUCAUCACUUUUCCAGAGUUUGCCGGCUUCCAACACGUCUCAGAUGAGGACUUCCUGAAUGUCAUGACCUACCUGACUAGCAUCCCCAGUGCGGAGGCUGCCAGCAUUGGAUUCAUCAUUGUUAUCGACAGACGAAGGGACAAGUGGAGCUCCGUAAAAGCAUCCUUGACACGGAUAGCUGUGGCAUUUCCAGGAAACUUGCAGCUCAUAUUCAUCCUUCGUCCAUCUCGCUUUAUCCAGAGGGCAUUCACUGACAUUGGCAUCAAAUAUUAUCGAGGUGAAUUUAAAAUGAAAGUGCCGGUAAGCAUGACCUUUCAUCUUGUCUCCAUUUGCUUAGGGCAUGUGGAGAAGAUGGCAUGUGAGCUGGGUUUUGAAGAAAGGUGGGUUUCGACAGGUAGAGAGGGAGAGGCAGCAUGCUGGGCUGAGGGAACAGCAUGUGUAAAGACACAGAGGCAGGAAGUGCACCUUUACGUGAAGUCCACAGGAAGCCUCAUUUUUGUCAGGCUACAUAAAGUGUAAUCUUU